AUGGUUUCCGCCUCUCUCCUCUCGCUGAACGACGACGUUCUGUUCGAGAUCUUCUCCCUCCUGGAUCGCAACGAGGCACUCGCGAUGUCGUGCACCUCCAAACGCGCCUAUCGACUCGCCAUCUCCCACGUCUUUACCAGAUUGCGCUGGAGCAGAGCCAUGCACGGGUCGACUGUGCCCGAUCCAGGCGAUCCCUCCGAGGCCCGUGCCCUGUGGGACUACAUGCGCGCACCAGAGCCGCUCUCUCAGGUCCCUCGCGUCCGACAUGUCCACCACUUCGCCACGGUGUCCAAUCAACAAGCCGACGCACCGCUCCUGCUCGAACUCCUCAGCCACGCCUCCAAUCUCCGCACCAUCGAGCUCUGGAACUUUCAUCAUUUCGUCGACGAAGACACGGAAGGGCUCACCCGGGCCAUCCGCGCGAUGCCCUACCUCAAGCAAGCGUGUUUAGUAUUCAUCGCCUCUGAGAUGAUUUCUAUUCUGCCAGCGAUGUUUUCGAGCUCGAACAUUGCCUCAUUAAUGCUCGAGUUCGCUGACUCCGAAAACAAACCGGAUCUCACUCUCGAGCUUUCAGCAUUCAUAUCCGUCCUUGUCUCCAUCCCGAGCGUGGAAACUCUUACCCUCAUCUUCGACUGUGUCUCCGUGCUAUCGAACACCAUCGGAUUACCCGACGCGAACCUACCCUCGAUCCGCCACUUCUCCCUCGUGGGCACCUCAGCGGUGGCCGCGAGUGUUGUGCCACGGUGCUCCAAUCUCCGCACCUUGUCUCUAUGGCUGUAUGACGAGCAAAUGUUCUCUUUUGGGGCGGAUGACCGGUGGCCAGCCGAACUCAAGGAGCUCAGCAUCGAAUCACAAAUUAUCAUCACUGAAGAUACCGCCCGACGCAUGGGACGCGUCAACUAUUUAUCGGUAGGGGACGCCUGGUCACCACUAUGUAGCCCGGGGGUCCUCGACUUCCUCCCGCUGCUCAAAGCCACUCGGCCCUUCGCUCUCAAGCUGCAGACGGACCCUGUUCUGGCCGAACCGGAGCACGUAUGGAGAUCCUUGUGCAGCGCGGUGCCUCAUCUACGCUCCCUCGAGAUCAUAGUCGACAGCUGCCAGGUGCGCGACUACGUGGACUCGCUGCUGCCCGCGCUGCAAGCCCCGUCGCUCCUCCACCUCACCCUCCACUUCCCGCCCGCCCGGCACACAUGGUCGGCCGAGAACAUGGCCGAGGUCGACACCCGGCGCGCGACCGAGGUCCGCCGCGUCGAGGCGCUCCUCCCGCUCCCCCCGCGUCUCGUCGCCGCCGCCCCGUCGCUCCGCCUCCUCGCGCUGCGCGCCUGCCUCCCCGGGUCGUGCAACUUCGACAGCCCGCAGGCGCGCGCGGAGCGCGUGCCGGGCCUGGGCGCCGAGUUCGCGGCGGAGCUCGCGCGCGAGGACGAGGUCGAGCGGCGGUGGGGCCCGACGAGCGAGCGCGUGCGCCCGGCGCUGCGGAGGCUGCGGGAGCUCCGGGCGGAGGUCCCGCGCGACGACCGGUGGUGGUGGGUCGAGGGCGAGGGUGCGGCGCGGGGGCCGGUGGAGAUCUGGCGGGAGGACGGGGAGCGGGCGCGCGCGCUGAUCGAACGCGCGGACUUUGACGCUGCGAGGAGCCUUGACGGAUUCUACUCCGCGAAGUGCCGGUAUGAGCGGUAG